UUUCAUAACCAAAGCGCAUUUUUGAAACUCUAAGUUAUACUCUUUUUCCCUUCUAUUCUUAUACUAAAGCCAUACUCCCAUCACCAAAACCUUAAUCGAAUCAAGGAUUUAAGGCUGCAUUCAAAUAGACAUUAAGGUCUCAUCUUGUGCUAUCUAUGGGUUGCUUCAACUAGUAGUCGUAUAUUCCGUAUUAAUGUAUUAUUGUUCAAUUUUUCCAAUAAUUUCUCUAUUUGGCACUAUAUGUUGCAUUUACCCAUUUAGUAAGUAACGAUUCACAUAUACCGCAGUAAUUUCUUCUUUCACUUUUCAGUAUAGAACUUGUGAUUAUCAGGCUUGAGCUUUCGGAAAAUGAGGGAACUGGUGACAAUCCAAGUAGGAGGCUAUGCAAACUUCAUUGGUUCUCACUUCUGGAACUUCCAGGAUGAAUUGCAAGGAUUGGCCAAUAGCUCUGAGAGUAAUGAAGUGUUUACGAAUCAUUCUCUUAAUCCAGAUGUACUCUAUAGGAGUAGUGAAACACAGCAGGGCCUCCUUACCUACACACCACGAUUGGUUUCAGUUGAUUUUCAAGGUUCUCUGGGAUCUAUGAGUUCACAUGGAACUUUGUACAAUAAAGAGCUUUCUCAAAGUUCAGAUGUUGUAACAUGGGAUGGUAAAGUUACAACUGAGGCUAGUGAACCUUUGAAAAAGAACCUCUUCUUGCAAAGCUUGUACAUGGAAGAAAAGAAAACGGAAAUGGAAAAUUGUCAUGAUGGCAAGGAGAGUGCCUCCCACAAUGAAAUUCAGGACACAGACAUUGUUGAAUGUUUAGAAAAUGGUGUCCAGUACUGGACUGACUUCUCAAAAAGUCAUUAUCAUCACCAGAGUUUGUAUGAAGUAAGUGGGUUAUGGAUGGAUGCUCAAGAAUUUGAUAAUUAUGGCAUUGGGAGGGAUAUAUUCCACACUCAUCAACGCGGUGAUGAAAUAAAUGAAAGGCUUCGUUUCUUCAUUGAAGAGUGUGAUCACAUUCAGGGUAUACAAUUCAUAGUUGAUGACUCUGGAGGUUUUUCUGGAGUAGCUGCAGAUUUCUUGGAAAGCAUUGCAGAUGACUAUAGUAACCUCCCUGUGUUACUCUAUGCUGCACGAAGUCCUCAAUCAUUUAUCAACAUGAAAAGCCAUAAGCUAAACGUCUCGCGAAAUCUUCAUGAUGCUGUUUCAUUUUCAAGACUAUCAUCCUUGUGUAAAUUGAUUGUCCCGAUUGGCUUGCCGUCAUUGAGUAGAAGUAAAGCAUCCAGGCUUCUCUGCAUUAAAGAUGAGCAGCCUUACCACACCAGUGCAGUUUAUGCAUCUGCUUUGCACUCUAUGUGUCUUCCAUUUAGAAUUGAACAGCCAGGACCCACAUCAGAGUUGUCGGUUUAUGCUUGUGGUGGGUUAGACAUGUACGAAGCCAUACACAUGUUAGCAGAUCAAGCUAGGCAGAAUAUGGUUUCUACAUUAGAUGUUGCCAUGCCUGCUCCUUCGUUAACUGGGAAUACGUUUGAGUGGUCGUUGCUUGAGAAUUUCCUGCCCUUGACCCCAGAGGUAGCAGAAGACGUUGAAGACCUUCAUGUCAUGGAAUGCAUGACCAUUCACGGAGUCCUAAGAUCUGAAUGCCGGAGGAUACCGCCAGUUUCUGAGGUUAAGAAUGCAGUUCAGGAAGCAUAUGAAAAAACAGCAAUGUUGAGACCAAGAUUCAUGCACCUAUCAGCAAGUUGUUGCCCUCUACCCAUACCAUUGCCUUUUCCCACUAUCUUUGGAAAUGCCAUCGGCCAAAAUGGCGAGUUAUUAAAAGCGUCUGAUACGGUUUCUCCACCAAGGGGGGCGCUUUCUGUUCAUUCCAUUCCAUUGGCAGCAAGACUGCGUUCUACCACCGCCAUUUUACCCUUUUUGGAAAGGAGACUGGAAAAUCUGCGAAAGCUAGGUAUCCGGCAAGGAGGGGUCGGGGGCCCUGUUCUUGAGAGUUGGGGUUUUGGGAGAGAUGAAGUAGAAGACUUGGGUGAGAAACUGUCACAGAUGGUUAAUACACUUAAUCCUUAUUCGGACGUAUCCUCUGAUUCUGAUUAAUUGUUCUUGUAUUCUAAUCAAUUGUGUAAAAGAACUAGAGGAUUUUUCUGAAGAACUAAAGGGAAAUGCUUAUUGCCAAAAUUUGACUGAUUGUAUUUGUAUUAUGAGUGUAGUUUUGUAACUAACCGAAACAGCGGGGUUAAAGUUGUU